CUCGGCUCUGUAUUUUAUGUAGUCAGUGGCAUUUAUGUCAAGCGAGUGUCAAUCAUUAACUUUGAAUUGAGGUUGUAUUGUUAUGAAAAUAAUUCAUUUUACAAAACAUACGAUAGCUUAUGAGACCAAUUUAUUCAUACUGGACGAGCAGAACCAUUCCCAAAAUCUGAUAUCUCAUCACCGGCCCCCAAGUCGCCAGAACAAAAUGAUAAGAGCAAAAAAUACGACCGGCAAUGGAGACUUUGGGGCGACCAUGGCCAAACAUUAUCAGGAAACGCAAAAGUAUGCCUGAUAAACGCGACUGCUUUGGGUACUGAAGUCCUGAAAAUUACUGAAGGGGAUAUUGGCUCUAAGUAAGACAAGCCCCAUUUGGUUUUGAAAUUGAUUGCUGAUGAAGCUUCCCAGUUUCUUUUUAGCGAAUAACAGUGUUGACCCAAGUUGCAGCCCAGUGCUUUCUAAAACUGAUGUAAGGGGUGACUACAUUGAUGAGUCUGCUGAACAUACACUCACUAAUACUCAAGAUUUUUUUAAGAAUUUCACUGUCUUAUCUGAAAAGUAAGUUGUCCCAAGUUAUAUAAUAAUAAAGAUAAGUAUUUUUGAUGCAUUUGUUUAACCCUUCCAAAUGGUAAAAAUACCAUGGAAGUAUCGUUGACGAAUGUUUUGGGAAGAUUGUAGUAUAAUGACAUCCUCAGUAUUUGAAUGUUUGUAAAAAUUGGGAAAUAUGCUCUAGUAAGCAUGGCAACAUUGUAAUUUACACAAUUUACUGGACUUUAAUCUAUAUCAAGAUUAUAAUCUUGAUAUAGGUAAAAAAUUGGCAACUAUUAUUAUACAACACUUUGAUCCAGUUGUACAAAGUUCUCACCAACCUCACCAUGGCCCUCAGAAAUUUGAGAAGAUUGCAGCAGCUUAAUAUUGCUUAUUUCAAGCAGUACAGUUCUGUAUCCAAACUUGUUUCCUUGACCGUAGAUGACAAAACUGGUGUUUCAGUGUUGAGUUUACAACGUCCCCCAGUGAACAGUCUUAACUUAGAACUUUUGAGUGAUAUUCAUAAUGCUUUAACUGAAGCUGAGAAGAAUAAAAGCAGAGGUGUGAUUCUAACAUCGCAGAAAGAUGGAGUAUUUUCUGCAGGUCUGGAUAUCAUGGAAAUGUAUAAGCCUGAUCAGGAUCGGAUUAAGACGUUCUGGACUACUUUGCAAGAUUGCUGGAUCAAGCUUUAUGGAUGCCUAUAUCCUACAGUUGCUGUGAUUAAUGGCCACUCUCCAGCAGGGGGUUGCCUGCUUGCAAUGUCCUGUGAAUAUAGAAUAAUGCAGACCAACUACACAAUUGGCUUGAAUGAGACUCUUCUAGGUAUUGUAGCACCUCCAUGGUUCAUAUCUACUAUGAAAAACCUCAUUGGCCACAGAGAGUCCGAGCUAGCUUUGACCCAAGGCAAGCUGUUUACCUCUGAUGAAGCACUGAAGAUAGGGCUUGUUGAUGAAAUCAUGCAUAGCAAAGAUGAAGGAAUAAAGAAGGCAAAUGCAUUCAUGGCUAAAUUUGCUAAGAUUUCUCCAAUAACAAGAAGCUUGACCAAGCAAUCUGUUAGGGGACCAACUAUUCAAGAUAUGAUAAAAAAUAGGCAAGCUGACCUUGAACAUUUCUUGCAAUUUACAAACAAUCCCCAAGUACAACAGUCACUAGGCAUGUAUUUAGAGAUGCUGAAAAAGAAGGGAGGAAAAUGAUUGUCACAGAUUAGAUUUUCAGCACUAUUUAAUGCCAAUUGUUUGAGGAACAAUAGCAUAGCAUUGAAUUUUAUAGUAGUAAGUUUUACAUUUUUUUCACUAUUGUCUGAAUUUUGUACAUUAAAUCAUAAAGAUAACUAAUUAUAUUUGUUAAUAACUUUGUGUAAUUACUCAUUUAAUUGAAUAAUGCAAUUGUACAUGGAUUGGGU